GAUAUAUAGGAGUUGCCGCUGCCAGCCUGUGGAGACGGGUUAUCUUCAGGUUUGCCCGCAAGCUGUGACCGCAUUGCUACCACAAUGCCUACUGUGGCAGUGACCGUCGAGAUGCCGCAUGAUGAAGGCGCGAUGGUGUGCAACGCCGACCUCAUAAAGAACGUGUGGGAGAUCAGAACCAGGGAGCAGUUCCACAAGCAUCAGAAUGAGGCGGCGCGGCUGGAGAGUAGUGCGCUGGAGAAGAUCAAUGAGGACUGGAGGAAUCGUAUGGGAGACAAGUUUGAGAGAAGGAAGCCAAGAAAAGCUGCAACUCUCCCACCAGAUGGGCCCUCUGCACCAAAGAUCAGAAUCUCUGUGAGCAACAAGAGGACACCGCAGUUCGGUGGCAGGACAGAGGUUGGAGGCAGGCUAGGUAGGCCUCAAGUGGCAGCCGGUCGUCGCCCCCUUCUGGACAAACAGGCCCCAGGGAAGAAGGACAGGCUUGCCUUGCUGUCAUUGUUGAAAAGCAGCCAGCCCACGGGGUCAAUGUGGUCAUCCUCUUACAAGUUCUCCAAAGAACCAGGUGAAGGCUCUGCCAAGCCAGAGGGAUCCGAGUGGGGAAAGUCAUGGAAGUGCCUCAAUUUCCAGCCACAGCUUGAUGGGAAAGCUUGGGUUGAGGAGGAGUAUGUGAAAGCGGAGAUGACCUCUGAAGCUGAAGCAGAUGUGAUGAAAAUGUGGGAGAAAAGAAAAGACAGGGUGCUCACUACUUUGGAGUCUUUGGAGAGUCAGCUGUCAUCCAUCUGGGAGACAUCUUGGAAGUAUAAAAAAUCUGAAGGGAGUGAAAAGAAUGCUUCGGGUGGGUCAGUGCACAGGCUGGUGGCUCGACUGAGGAGCCUUGAUGCAUCACAACACACGAAUGAGCAGAAAAGUUCAUCUGAAUGGAAUGAAUCUUGGAAGAGCACGAAACCCUCAGAUAAUGAGGUGUUCUUUGAAGUGCUGACAAAAAAUAUGCAAAAUAAAAAACACAUGGAAUGUGAAGAAAAGGCUGACUCCAAGUCGGGGGCAUCUUGGAGAUUUUUCUGUCGUGAGUACCAUGAUUCUGCAUCAGGUUCCUCUCCAAAACCCUCUAAGGGGUCAAAGUGGGCUCACUCGUUUAAAGUUUCAAAGCCAGCUGAUUAUCCUAAUGACCCCUCAGACGUCACUGCCACUGCCACUGCCCCAUGGGAAACGAUUGAUCACGAGCCACUGGAUCCACACAUUCAUGGCGUAAUUCAUGUGGCCAAGGCCGAGGGACACAAAUGUUCCAAGGUCCGUGAGGGAAAUACGCCUAUGGGUGAAUGGAACAAGUCUUGGGAAUGCGCUAAAAACAAGUUGAUUCUAGCUAACGUGAAGCCAAGGCAAAAGGCAGAGCAGAAAAAAGACCAGAAAGUAAAGGUGGAAAGGCUCAAGCCUAAAGACAAGUUGGCCCUGCGUGAAAAGCGUAUGAUUGGUUUUUCAAAGCACCAUUUCUCUCAUGAGUGGGCUUCAUCUUGGAAACAACCCCGUUCUCAGCUUAACACAAAGCAACAGCAUACUCCUAUAGAGAAUGAGAUUAAGACACCUGAGUCCAAACACAGAUCUCAUUUCUUUGCCCCUCUCUCCAUGAGCAUUGAUAUUCCCGACUUCCAGACCAACUCCUGGAAGUUUGUUGCUGCCCUUUCAAAACUAGACAAGUCGCACUGGGACUGUGCUUGGGAAACCUUUGAGGUUGAGAAAAAGUCUUCAACUUCUGGAGUCAGCAGCACAGGAUGGAAGAUCUGUGCCCCUCAGCCCGAUGAUUGGGAUGACACUCCUAAAGUGUUCCAUCGUAAAGACAAAGUGCUAUGGCAUAGAAGAAAGUGCAACGACCACCUUUGCUCUCGGCUUGGCUCGCAGGGCCUCUCGCACAAGCAGUGGUCUAACUGUUGGAGAUUCAUGAAGUUGGAGAGUCAACACAUGCCAAUGGUCAGCAAUGGUCCACACAGCAGAGCAGACAGCUCAGUCAUAGUGAUAAAGAGGCAUAAACCAAAGAAGCAUAUUUAUUCAGAAUUAGAGAAGUCCAGUCCAGCACCGAAGAAGUGGACUGAUGUAUCAAAAUUGGCCAAAACUCAACCACGAUCAAAGAAAGGCCCUGCUAAGGGUGGAAAAGGUAGUCAUGAGGAACAUGAUGGCAUGGCUCUGGAUUGGCUUAAUUCUUGGAAGUUUGCAACUGAUAGAGUGAGUAGCAAAAUGAAGGACGUACCCAUGUCUAAAUGGGUACAUUCUUGGAAGUUCCUUUUGGCUUCUUACCCUCCUGAAAAGAGUAUGGCUAAGAAAUAAUGUAAGAAUGUUUAACUUCUUGGUGAAUCCUCUUGACUUUGGUUAAUUACUUAUGGAAAUAAACUCACUUUAAAGGGGUUGUAUUUUGCCAUCAUACAUUUUCUACGAAGUUAACAUAUAGUACAAUUAAUAAACUAUGCUGAUCAGUUAAGAA